AUGUCUUAUAACAAACCCACAAGUCCACCACCUUCCUACCCCGCCCAGGCCCACGACGCCGGCCCCUACUACCCAAACUCCCCACCACCGCAUGGCCAAAGCCCCGGCGCCGCGAGUGACUACUACGGCGGCGGCCAGCCCCAACAGCAGGGCUACUACCCACCCCACCCAGGCUAUGGCCCGCCACAGCAACAACAGCAGCCCUACUACCCCCAGGGCCAGCCGAUGUACUACCCUCCGCAGCAGCAGUAUCCCCCUCAACAGCAACAGGGUUACUAUGCCAAUGACCGCGGGAACUCUGGCGGGGGGUGGUGGCAUCUGCGCCGACUUGCUUCUGGUUUGGAUUUGUAA